AAUGUGCUGCGCGUGCACGAGCCGUGACAGUGCAUGCGCGUGCACGAGCCGUUGUGUCGCGACAAGAUGGCGGUCUCCGCCGGAUCAGGUGUUAAAGUUCCUCGUAAUUUCCGGCUCCUGGAGGAGCUGGAGGAGGGGCAGAAGGGUGUGGGUGAUGGGACAGUCAGCUGGGGUCUGGAGGAUGAUGAUGACAUGACUUUAACACGGUGGAGGGGGGUGAUCCUGGGCCCACCCAGGACGAGUUACGAAAACCGGAUGUACAAUCUGAAGGUGGAGUGUGGGCCCGGGUACCCAGAGUCUCCUCCGUUCGUCAGAUUUGUCACAAAGAUAAACUUGAAUGGUGUUCACAACUCCAACGGUGUGGUCGACAUGCGAGCAGUGUCCGCUUUGGCAAAGUGGCAGAACUCCUACAGUAUUCGGAUGGUUUUACUGGAGCUGAGACGACUUAUGACGUGUAAGGAGAACAUGAAGCUUCCCCAACCUCCGGAGGGCCAGAUCUACUCCAACUGACCUCUAACCUCCCCGUGGCCCCUAUAUGACCCUUAUGAACCUGUACCCCAUAACAAUUUUUUCCUAAAUCUUCUGUUUUGUUUCCUCCAUUCAAACAUCUCGUCUCUUAAAAACAUGGAGUCUUGAGAGUUCAUUCCUUUGUUGAUGGCAUUUCUUUAGUCCCCAUCAGAUGUGACCAUUCAAAUACUGUACUUAUUUUUUAUUAUUUGUUAAAUCUGAUUGUACAAAAACAUAAAUAAUCUUAUUGAGUGUU